AUGGGUUUCCAAUACAAACAGGUCCUCAUGGUCGGUGGUACAGCUGGCAUAGGUGCUGCCAUGGCAGACCGUCUUGUCCAGGAAGGCUCCAAGGUCAUCGUCGUAGGACGAAGACAAGAUCGACUGGAUGCCUUUGUGCAGAAGCAUGGAAGCGACAAGGCAGACGGCAUCCAGUUUGAUCUAAGUGAUAUUGACGGAAUUGAUGAUUUUGUUUCCACAACAACACAAAAAUAUCCUGAUAUCGACUGUGUUUUCCUCAAUGCCGGUGUACAGCGUCCAAGUAUUUUGUCUGAUCCAGUAAACAUGGAUCUGGGUGUUUUCCACAUGCAAAUCACCGGAACCAACAUUGCCAUCGUUCCGGCAUUCGGACUGUCAGCAUAUUCAGCGUCGAAGGGUGCUCUCAACGCCUUUGUUCUUUGCCUUCGUGAAGAAAUCAAAGACUCUUCGGUGAAAGUAAUUGAGCUUUCGCCUCCAGUUGUUCAGACCGAGAUACAUGACUACAUGGGCGCUGAGAAAGGUCGACAAUUCGGAAUGCCUAUUGAUGCAUUCACGGAUGUGGCAUAUAAAGGCAUCGUCUCAGGCAAAGAUCAGAUCGUUAUUGGAUCCAUUGGGCCAGCGGACACCUUCAAUGAGAUCGUCGACAAGAGAAGAACAGCGUUUGAAAAUAUGGCAAAACUUAUUAGGGCUCAUUAUUCUUGA